AUGGCGCGCUUCAGGGCUGCCAAGUACCUGACCUGCUUCUACUGUGGCAGGAGGUCAAACUUGAAGUUUGAUGGCACCAUCCGCGACUUUUUGUGUCUGCAUUGUGACGCGACGAAUUACCUAGAUGAGAAUGGCGAAAUCACAGAUCCUCCCGUCGCAACCGAGCGUGAAGCGGAAGCAGUUCAAUACGCCGCGCCACAAUCUCCUACGCCCUCGCUAACGGACGAAAUCUUUUGCCAAACCUGCCUUAAGAAUCAGCACCUAUUCACAAAGUCAUUGGCCCAAUAUUUUCCGGAUGACCCCUCCGACCCAGACUUCCCCGAGCUGGAGCGCAAUUACUAUCGUUACCGACGGAACCUCGAGAAACGAUACCCUCAAGUGUGUAGCGAUUGCACUGAAAAAGUAGAGGACAGAAUUCGCCAAGCUGGCUAUACGGCCAAAACGGACCAUUUGCGCCGCAUGGUGAACUUGAGCCGGGGCCGAAAGACGAGAAGACGAACAACGCUUGAUUGGAUCAACACACUCGGCAAGACCUUGUGGCGGACAGGCUUUGUGCUGCAGUUCUUGUGGCAUUUUGCCAUGAUUACCCAGGCGUUGCAGCAGAGCGAUGAUGGGAUGUAUGAUCCAGACGACCAAAGUUUAUACGGCACGGCUAUCUCUUGGCUUAAAGGCAUCGUGGCCCGUUUGCCUGCCACGAAUACCUUGAUUCAAUCUAGCAUUUGGACUGGUAUUUUGGCUGCAUGGUGGAACCCGCACUUUGUGCAGGUCAAUCGUGGAUUUACCAGACAUUUGCUGGGCUUCACUCAGUGGUACUCCUUUCAGGGAUUGACCAUCUUUUUUCGCUUCAUCUUUCGUGGCGUGGCGGGCGUGAAUGCGCAAACGACGGAUUCUGGUACUGCCAAACUCGGCGCGCAUGUUGCCAUGACUGCGGUGAUGCUAGUAAUCUAUGCGUUGGCAGGCAGAUCCAUUCGUGUUGACACCACGCCUCUCUUUGCAACAUAUAACAAGCCACUGGUACGGAAAGAAGCCAAGUCACCUACGCGUCGACCGCUUGAGGAUUCAAAAACAUUCUCUGAACUUGUAAACGACGCUCUCGAUUCCGCAAACGCAACACCUCAAAAGCCGUCAAUACCAGAUCACAGCCCAUCACCCCAGUCGCCAUUCAACCCUCUGCGACCACAAAGCAGCCUGCAGCCAGCCUUUGUUGGAAUGGGCCUGUCGGAGACUCCCACAAAACGAGCGCAGCAGCUCCAGUACGAUGAAGAAAUGGACUGGUCGCCGGUUACACCACAGCACCGUGCGCUGAACAAUAACCUGACUCCCUCGACCAACAAAUUCGGUCGAACCAAUGGCGAACCUUUAUCACCUCCAGAAGCACAGAAGAGCCCGUUCUGGUACAAGGUUCCAGCAGCUCCCGCCAAUCCAGCGCAACGACUGCGCAAACCUAUCUGGUCGACGGCUCCAAAACAGGAACCUGUGGAGACAGGUAAGGUCAUGUUUACAAGAAGAGGACACCAACCCAGCUCUUCCCAGAGUAGUCUUGCUAGCGACAUGAAUGGAGGUGUAGAAUUCAAGCAGCCCAGUUUCUUUGCACCGCAAAGAGACCACGACGCAAGCUCUCUUGCGGAUUUACUCAGUCAGAGCUUCACCUUGGGCCAAGACCAACAAGACAAUGAUGAAAAUAAUACCGAACAAAGGGCCUUGAACUUGACUGGCACUGUUGCUGGCCAACCUGCUAGGCGGUCAGAUGCCCAAUCCACAAUUCUCAUGAUACUCCUUUCAUGUUGGCUGCUAACCAUGUUUGUUCCCAUGCCAUUUUCCUGGGAGCUACAACUCACAACCCUUUUUGCAGCUGGUGUCAUAGCUCUUCGGGCCACAGGAGACACGAGCAGCAUUGUUAGCAGUUCGUCGCCUGGUCCAGCUGUGUACAUACUAUCUGCUCUUGGAGUGGCUGAACUUGCCGCCAUUUGCUGGCUUGGGUCUGAGAUUUGGAGUGGGGAGUCGCCACCAGUCGAGUGGUAUGGUGUUGGGGUGCUUGCGAGUAUGCUCGGGCAUCAGGCUCUUAGGGGGGUAAUGUAA